GUGGCUGUGCCUUGCUGGGUGUGGGACUAUGGCUGUGCUUCGACCCGAGUAUGAGGGAGUACGCCAGCACUUCAGGUGACCUCCAGGUUUAUUACAUCGCAGUGUACGUGCUAAUAGGCAUAGGCGGUUUCAUGAUGCUUGUCGGAUUCCUGGGAUGCUGCGGAGCGUGUAUGGAGAGUCAGGCUCUACUUGUUUUGUUCUUUAUCUUACUUCUGGUGAUCUGUGCUGCUGAGGUCGGCGGUGGAAUCUGGGCAUACCUCAACCGAGACAAACUAAAGAGUGGAGUUGAAGCAGGUAUGCGUCAGACGAUAGAGGGUGUAUAUUCCGAGGAUACGUCAGUGACAGCAGCAUUUGACAAAAUGCAACAAACGUUGAGGUGUUGCGGAGCAUCAGGACCAGAGGACUGGGUUAUUUCUAAAUUUGCGGAGAGAAACCUGGCUGCUCUCCCUGACUCAUGCUGCACGGAAAUGACGGAAAACUGCGGGGCCAUCGGUCAAGCGACCAUCAAUUCCUUCAUCAACGUUCUGAGGGGUCAGCCAACUUCGUCCAUUUACUUGACAGGGUGUUCCGAAGCACUGUUUGGAAUGCUAGAAGAGAACACUAUUCUUGUGGCUGGAUUAGCGAUUGGUGUCGGUGCUGUACAACUCCUUGGAAUGAUCUUCUCAUGUUGCCUCUGCUGUGCAAUCAGGAGACAAGACGACAACAAAUACUACGCCUAACCCCUAGAUCCUAGUCCUACUUGUAGACCCUUCCCUAGGACCUAGUCCUCCCUUUAGACCUUUCCUUGGGACUUAAUCCAGUCUAGACUCUGGUCUAGUAGGCCUACAGAUGUUCUAACCCACCGAGGACCAUCUCUUGAGGACUCUAUACAAUGCUAAAACAAAUGUGUUAAUUGGGUUUUCAUCGAGGACCACACAAUUAAGAUAUUUUACUUUGGUGUUAGUUUUUUGGGGUGUUAUUUCAACACCAUUUGAUUGUUAAAUUUAUACAGUGUUAGUGUUCAUUCAGCACCCAUGGGUGCUAUGACAACAACUUUCAUUGUUAACUCUACAGUGUUAGUGCUCAUUUAACACCCAUGGGUGUUAUGAAAACACCUUUGGUUGUUCAAUUUACAGUGUUAGUGUUUAUUUAACACCUUUAGUUGUGAGUUUAACACUCUUUGGUGUUAUGUUCAAUCUCUAGGGUGUAAUUUUAACACCUCAGGAUGUGGCCCUCUAGGGACACCAACAGGUGUCAGUAAACACUGCAGGUUUUACAAUGUAGGAUGCUUGAGAGAUUAGGAUGUGAUUUGGACCAUUAUCAAACCGAAAAACAACACUUUGGACCGUAAAAGGCCCACCUUAAUACCCAGAAUAGGAUCCAAUUUAGGACCCUUUAGGUCAUACAUGUAUAUAGAUCUCAUUAUUCCAGAAAUAAAUCACUAAAAUAUGAGUUGUCAGAAGUACUUAUGAAUAUGUUAUGGGCUGUAAUAACAACCUUUUUUCUUGCCCCCAUUUAUUUUUGUAACAUUUGUAUAAAGCACUUCAUGAAUGUUGCAUAUAAAUAUUUUUAUGAUAACAUUUCUUUUUAUUUAUAAUGCUCAGGAAAUCGGGCACCAAUUAAUUAAUGAAAACAGUAAAACAUGAGGCUGAAUAUGGUGUUAAAACUGAAAAUGGGGUCUACUUCAGGGGAUUUUACUCCUAUAAAUAGGAUGCUUUAUUUAAAAAGUAAACCAAUAUUGAUAUAUGAUCUGAUCAUGUAUUACAAAAGGGAUAUUAUCCACAAUACAUUUUGUUCCACAAUAUGCAUAUUACUGUACAUGCUGUCUUCAAUCUGUUUCAUUGCACGUGGUUGACACUAUUGCCAAAUAAUUGUUCUUCAUUUAUACACAAAUAAUUAAGUGAGAUCAUUCUUAACCCUUCUAUGUGCUCUUUUGAAGAAAAAAAAUAUAUAUUCAUUUAUUACUACUGUUAAUUUCAUCAGUUUUUUUAUUGAGAAGUAAAAUGUUUUUACAAAUGAAAAUGUUGUUCACUUUCCGUAAUAUGAUCGAAAUUGUCACGAACCGAUAAAUAGUGCAUUAAUUGCUUUUAAAAUAUCAUUAUAAUGCUAAUAAGUACUUAGAUUGAAAAAUAAAGGAUCUACACUAAACGAAAAUUCACAAUGACAUUGAAUAUUGCAUUUCAAAGAGUGAAAAGUCUAUAAAAAAGCAUAUUUAUUACAAAAGCGAAAUGAGAUAAAAAUGGUGAUUUACAUGUAUCAAGUCAUAAUCGAGAAGCUUAACUUUUUUUACUCAGAUGCAGUGCUUUCUUUUCAAAUGUUUAAAAGCGUACUGUAUAUCUAAUAUAUAAUGCAGCAUAAUAUAUCUUAUAUAUAUUUGGAAUCGAGGAAUAAGUAUAGAGACCUAUUUAUAAGGCCUCAUCGAUCUCUUAUCAUGCAAAAUUUAUACUGGAUAAAGUUGGCACAAAGAGAAUUCCUUUCGGGCUAUAAGAUGCUGUUACGGAAGCUCUGUACUUGCUGCUUAGUAUUAAAUAUUUUAUAAAAGUACACUUUUAAAAAAAAAUCAGGGUUUCCCUCUUAAUGUAGUCCAACUUGUUACCAGUACAUUAGUUUUUACUAUUUCAUAGAAGGUUAAAUAGCUUUUUAUAUAAACCAUUUCUUGUGAAUAUCCCCAAAUAGACUAAAUUAUAGUUUGUAGAACUUUAAACUGUAUAAAGGAUAAUAUCUAUUCUAUAAUGACUACUUUGUUUUUUGUAUGAGCCUAAUUAAUAUAUCUAACGUGUAUUGUGUACAUGUGUUUUAGGAUUGAAGGAGAAUUCUACCUCUUUCACAAAUUCCGCCCCUGAUUGUUGCCAAUUUGAAGAUUUGAGUAAACUCAAAGGCUUUCGUUUUCCGUAACUCUUAACAACCAAACUAAAUCCAAACUGUAUUCUGUUAGUGCUGUUCAAACAUUUUACCUCAAAUUUCAUUAAAAACAAACGGGAUAGCUCAGAUCUAAGCUCCAUUUUGGAGUUAUGACAAAAGUGGUAUAUGUCUAGAAAGAGAAAAAUUGGUACAAAUUAUAAAUAGACUGUCUUCAGACGAUAUGAGAUUGCCACAUAGUCGUCAUACAGAUUUCUCUCAGCUUUACUCAAAUUUUUUAACUUCGAGAUACUUUGAGGUUUUGAAAUUUUGCCAAUGAUUUGCUACAUAUAGUUGGUGUACAUGUAUGUUCAUUAUUGUUACUGUAUACGGUCAUAUAGUGCAUACAAAAAUUGUAAGUCAAAGUCUGUGAAAUUGAACAUACUGAUCCUGUUAGAUGUAAAAGAUAAAGCCCGGUUGUUUCUGCUCCUAUUUCGCUCAUAAACUCAUUUUAUAACCAAAAUAUGCCCUUUUCCGGCAUCUCUGAGUUUGUGAAAGAGGUACUAGAUAUAAGUGUAUUUGAAUGUAACAGUGACAGUGUACUCAUGUGACGUGCACAUGAUAAUUGUGUGUAUUUUGUAUUUCAAAGUGUAUUUUAGAGGCUUGGGUGUAUCGUAGCUAUUUUCAAAAUAUAUAGACAGAUAACUAGUACAGUAGGGAGAUGAACAGUGUAUAUAAUUGCAUAUUUUUAUAAUGCCCAUUUUGUUUUAAAAUGUGUGGUAGUCCUUGUCAACGGUUAUGAAACUUGUUUUCCAACGCAGUUGCAAUUUGUUUUGGAAUGAUAUCCUGUCUCGCGUUUAAUACAGCUCAUUUUGCACAAAUUAUCAUUUUUACGGUUGUACAUGAUACAUGUAUUUAUACGUAUAGAGAGGAAAAAAUAAGUUGAUUACCGCCAUCACAUAUUGUUUUAACAUGUAUCUGCCCUCCUACUAAAGUACCUUUUAUCAAUUUCUUGACAUGAAUAUUUUUAUUGAUAAAAAUCCCUUUUAUAACAAAAUAUAUUAAUAUUUCUUGCCAUUUAGGGAUUCUCCCUUGAAAUGCAACUUAGACUGUGUUAUGUCUUUUCAUUAUCUUUUAGCCUUAAUUGUAAGUUUUUGAUAGGCUCCAAUUUCAUUGUCUUUUUUUACUCGAAAUUGAAUCAUUUUUUAAACAGGGCCCUGUUGCAUAAAAGUUACUAUUAUAGUAACUUUGCCAUCCAAUGGUAACUACCAUGGUAACAAUGCUCAUCAGCCAAUCAAAAUCAAGGAUUCCAUGAAAUUUACCGUCAGAUGGGAAAGUUACGUACAUAAUAGUAACUUUUUUGCAACGGGAGCCCAGGUUCUCAUUGAUCAAUAGCCGUAAAAUUAUUAGAACCCGUUUAGGCCUCAAGUAAAAAAUUAGUUUCCGCAUGUGUAGCCACCCACCCGAACCAUACCCUUUCUGGAUAAGUUAAUUUACCCUAAAAGAUGAAAAGGAAUAUUGUACCGUAUACAUGGAUUUUUAUAUUAGCAUAUAGAUUUAGUUGGAAUUUCAUUUUGGGAAGUGGCCUAUUGAACAUGUUGCAAUACCAGGGCAGGUGGGGGGCAUUUGAUGAAGCUGUUCACAUUUAGUUAGGCAUGACUUUACAUGCGUCGGGUUACCCUCUCUUAUGCUAAAUGGGAUGUCCUAAUGUUAAACUGACAUCACCUAGGAAUAUGUUCCCAUCGAGCGUAAAGUCAUGUGCAACUCCACAAACAGUUUCACGAAACGCAACCUAUCCUCCAACUACUAGCUACUAUGUUACUACUAAAACCAGCUUAUGUUACAGUACAUUUAUGUAUGUAUCCCAUGUAAGCAUGUACAUUUCAGUAGGUCAUGCAUUCUUCACCUAAGACAGGAUAAGCGUUUCCUACGCAAAGAUGGUUCUGCGUUCUCAUCCGUAAAAGGACCAUAUUGCGCUUUGAUUAGAUAACCAGGUUGGGUAAUAAUAAGCUUCGUCUAUGCGUUUCUUUCUUCUUGUAUAAGUUAUAUGUAGAUGUAUGUAUUUGGAUAUGUAUUUGAACAUUUGCUUUAGUGUACAUAACUUAAUCAUGUAAUUCUGUGAUUUGCUUGUAUUAAAUGUACUUAAAAAUAGUACAAUGGAUGAUUAUUAGA